GUAUAUUACUGUGUAAUUUUUAAAGAAUUUCAAUUUCCUUACCCUGUUGAAGUAAUUCGUUUGCGGCAGAGGCUAUUGAUAUAAUAAACUCGAUGGUGAUGCUUUAUAAUCUGGAAUAAACGGAAUUCCAUGAGAAGGUGCUAUAUAAAUGAUGGCCAAUAGACUUCUAAAGGAUCCAGCAACAGCAAGCAGUAGAAUAUUUGUAGGACAUUUGCAGACGGAAACUUUAAAUAGAGUUGAAUUGGAAGAGCAUUUUUCAAAGUACGGUUCUGUUGUGGGAUCAGUAAUAAAUCGUGGUUUUGCUUUCGUACAAUUUGAUGACGAGCCAGCUGCUCGUUCGGCUAUACAGGGUGAAAACGGCGCAAUGUUUAAAGGAAGACGAAUGGAUGUAAGACCGGCGAAGCAGGACGGUCCAGGAGGUGGUAUGGGUGGAGGAAUGGGAGGCGGGGGCGGUAUGGGAGGAGGAAUGGGAGGUGGUGGUGGCAUGGGAGGAGGAAUGGGUGGCGGAGGUGGUAUGGGAGGCGGGGGUAAUAUGGGUGGCGGAAUGGGAGGAAAUUCUGGCGGAGGUAUGGGCGACGGUAUGAACAGACAAGGUGGACCAAAACCCUUUGGUUUUGGAAACGAUUCCUUUAAAGGUGGAAAUCCAAAUUUCAGAGGAAACAAUCAAAAUUUUGGCGGUGGAAAUUCAAAUAUGGGAAAUGAUAAUUCUUUUCAAAAUACUUCAAUGCGCGGUAGUGACGAAUCAUUGAAUCGAGGGGAUCAGUUUAAUGACAGUAAUAUGGGUCGGGAUAAUAAUGAUCAGUUUGAUCAAUUUAAUAAUGACAGACCGGGUAAUCAAAACAGGGGUGGUAAUGAUUCAUUUGGAGGUGGUAAUCAAAAUAGAGGUGGCAAUCAGUUUGGUGGAGGUGGUGGACCUAAUCGACCCGGUGGAAUGUUAAAUCAAGGUAUGGGCGGUGGAGGUGGUGGUGGAGGAGGAGGAGGCGGUAGAAAACGAGGUUCAAGGGGUGGUAAGAACAGAAAAAAUAUGGAUAACUCUGGAGGUCCUGGUGGUCCCGGUGGAUCUGGUGGUCCUGGGGGUGGUCCAGGAUUUAGAGAUCGCAGUCCGAUUAAUAGAAACAAUCGUAUGGACGAUAUGGGUGGUCGGGAUUGGGAUAUGGGUAAACAAAAUAUGGGCGGAAGAGGAGGUCCUGGCUUUGGUCGAGAUAAUUUCAAUGAUGGAAAUCGUUUUGAUGAUUACAACAAACCUCAAUUUGGGCCAUCUAUACCGCCUGCAGAUUAUCCGCCUUCACAAAUGGAAAAGAAUGAUUGUGAGAUUAUUGUUGUUAACAAGACCCUAACGGAAUACGCCGAAAUUAUCGAAUCACGACUUAAAAAAAUAGGAUUGACUGUCGAUUUACUAUUUCCAAACGAAGAGGUUCCUCUGAGUCGGGUACUUGGAAAUAUUGCAAGUAGAGGUUGCUUAUACGCAGUGGUCAUUAUGCCCGUUAAUCAAGAGCAUCGUUCUCUAACUCUAAACAUCUUACACGGCUUACCACAAGAACACAGAAAUAUGCCAGUUGAAGAUGCCAUAAAUCUGAUUGCACGUGACUUUGCAAAUUGUAAAAGUGGAGGUCGAUCUGUUCCUUUAAAUAUUCCUGUCAAUAAUGAUCGUCAUCCGGACGCUGUUCAGGUCCUGUUGAAUAUGUUAGCGGACAAUUUACAAUUAACCGUUCUUCAAUACGAUAGGAUAAUAAAAUACUUGGAAAUGAAAAGAGAAGAGCAAGUGCAAAUUGAAAUAGGAGAUUCAAAAGAUUUACAUAAUACAAGCACACUUUCUGUGAGUGAUCCCAAGCAAGCUGAACUACAGUCAAGAAUUCUUAACAUUCUCAAUAGUAAUAAGAAUAAUACAACUGGACCAGCACCGAGUCCAGUUCCAGCGCCAACACCAGCUCCAGUACCAUCAACCACUUGGGGAUCGGCUUCAACAACAGCCGCUUCAUCGACGACAACAACAUCAACAACAUCAGGGGUCACUCCAUCGCCACUUCUUAACGAUCCAACUGUACAAAAGGCUCUAGACAGUCUUUUACAAGGAAAUCUUUUAAAAAGUAUUGGAGAGCCACAAACACCAGCAACAACAUCGGCACCACUGUUUGCUGCGUUUCCCAACAUUAGUCGUUUUUAACCACUUUAUACUUUAAAUACCGAUGAGUUUCUUGGAAUUUCCUAAUUAGCAUAUAUGCUUUUAUUUUUAAAGUGUAGACAAAAAAAUUGAUGCAAUCUGAGAAAAACUUUGAUAGAAUUUAGAUCUUUAUAAAACUACAAUGCAAUUACCGCAUAUUUGCUGUAAAAAAUAAAAAUCGCAGUAAUUUGUAGAACACGUUUUUAUAAACGAGAAAAUGAAUAGGAAUAAUUUUUACAUAUAUGCAUAAUUUCAUAUACAAAAAGGAAAGAAAAAAAAUCAGUCUUUAUAAGUGAAUUAUUAUUUAUCUUGCGUAAAAAUAUUAUCUUUAUAAUAUUUAAUUAG